AUCCCUGGGCUCGGUCGUGAGAGGAGACCGCCUGGAACGAGGUCAGGUUAUUUAGGAGAUCAAUCCCAAGUGCCACCCCCUCCAAUCCCGAAUGUAGAGAGAGAGGAACGACCACCCCGCCCGCACUUUCUCUCACGUUUUACGGAAUCCCCACGAGUGGGAUUAAUUGUUAGGACCCCUGAAGAAACUUACUCCAAAGUUGAAGCCGACUCAAGACCGCUUAUUUUUGGCCAGGCUUUGUAGGACGGUGCUCUAAUAUCCAUCAAACAAACGUUUGCAUUCUGCAUCAUUACCAUCUUCGCUGGAGUUCAAGAGAAAAGGUUUUUCUCUGCCUUCGAUCAAAACAUCAGGAAACCAGCUGACCGAACUCGGAUCAGGCUCCCCUGCAGUCCUCAAAGCGGUUGGAAUGGAGCUGGCUGUGCUGCUGGCCGUGUGCUGCUGGCUGUCUCCGGCCUGGGCCUCAACCAUGGAAGACGCCCAGUACAGCGACAGUGCCUUCAACUACGAUUAUGAAUCGCUGAGGAUUGGAGGCAUGGUCUUUGCUGUGGUCCUCUUCGUCCUGGGAAUUGGCCUCAUCGUUACUCGGAAGUGUGGCUGCUCAAAAAGUGAAAAGCCAAGUGCCCUCAGACCUAAGGCCCCUGAUGCAGAAGCAGGCCUUCCUAGCGCUUAAGAGCCCUGAUUCAUUCACCUGUAGAGAAGUUGGUGUAAUGCAAAUGACAGUACCGACCCCGAUUGGCAAGUAGCAGUUUUGACUCCAACCUGAAGGUGGCAGUACGGACCCUACCUGUGGUUAGCAGUACUGAUUCCUAUCUGCAGGGGGCGGCAUUAGACCUGAAUUACUUUUAUGAAAUCUUAAACAAAGUUUCGGUUGAUUCUUUCAGUGUUUUGUCUUAAUUUUUCUAUUUUAUCGCCAUUGGCAAUUUUUAAUUGUAUAGUACUAAAUGUGAACUGUUCUUUUUCUGAUACAUUUUAAUAAAAUUACGAAGAACAUUAAA